AUGCAGGCACGUGUACUUGUCGGAGGGCAGCGAUCCCCCUCGCUCCUUGUGAAAAUUGGGGUGAAGCAGGAAUGCGUGCUGGCCCCUGUGAUCUUUAAUCUUUAUCUGACGGCAGCUACUCUCCUAUUCCACAAGACCAUCAAGGAAGAAGGAGGUGUACAAAUUCAGUUCUGUUUGGACAGGAGUUUGUUCAACAUAAGGCGCCUACAGGCGAAGACAAAGACCCUGGUCACUAACAUUCAAGAGCUGCAAUAUGCAGAUGACUAUGCGCUACUGGCUCAUAGCCCAGCCGCCAUGCAGCGUGCCCUGGACACCAUGUCCUCUAUCUACAGCUCACUAGGACUCAUGAUCAACACCCAAAAAAACUGA